UGAUUCAUUCAGCAAAUACUUUAGUGCCUGCACGUGCAAGGCACAGUUACGUGGGGAGUACAGAAGUGAAUAAAGCAGUCCCUAGCUUUGAAAAGUUUAUCUGACUUAUAGAACCUUUUAUAGAUGGCUACCACAAAAAGAAGGGCAUGGCGGGCAGCCUCAGAAGGAUGUUGUGGAGUUCAGAGGAGAGACUGCAAGGGGAAGCUGAGUGGAAGAUGACACCAUAAACCUGAGUGAUUUCAAAGAUAUUUAACUGAUUGGAAAUAGUGAUCAUAGAAGUGUGGAUUUGGAGAAAAUGUUGGAGGAGUGUGUUGCUGCUGUUCUGCUCUGCGUCCUCGCUACAAACGCCUGGUGGACAACAUAUUCCCUGAAGAUCCAAAAGAGCUUUCCAUCCAUUGACUGACUUCAAGCCAAAGCAGGCGAAACAUGAAAUCACAGUGCAUAACUCAGCGAGUGAAAGUGUUAAGUGAAGCAGGAGGUGUCACUGUGGGUUGGCAACCCCUGGGAAGCAUGCUCGGAGAAAUGAGGUUGCCGAGCUCGGGAGGAUGUACACCAUCUGGAGAAGUAGAGGGUAGUCUCUCUGUUGCAGGUUAGCACUUGAUUAGCGUUUGUUAAGAGUGAAAAGACAUGAAAAGUAUGACAAAAGUUGAUAAUACAGGAUGGUCUUGUUAAAGCUGAUAUGGAGAAAUUGACAUUUUAUGCAGUAUCUGCUCCGGAGAAACUGGAUCGAAUUGGUUCUUACCUGGCAGAAAGGUUGAGCAGGGAUGUUGUCAGACAUCGUUCUGGGUAUGUUUUAAUUGCUAUGGAAGCAUUGGACCAGCUUCUCAUGGCUUGCCAUUCUCAGAGCAUCAAGCCAUUUGUGGAAAGCUUUCUUCACAUGGUGGCAAAGCUGCUGGAAUCAGGGGAACCAAAGCUCCAAGUUCUUGGAACAAACUCUUUUGUCAAAUUUGCAAAUAUUGAAGAAGACACACCAUCCUAUCACAGACGUUAUGACUUCUUUGUGUCUCGCUUCAGUGCCAUGUGUCAUUCCUGCCAUAGUGAUCCAGAAAUACGAACAGAAAUUCGAAUCGCUGGAAUCAGGGGUAUUCAAGGCGUGGUUCGCAAAACAGUUAAUGAUGAACUUCGGGCCACCAUUUGGGAACCCCAGCAUAUGGAUAAAAUUGUUCCAUCCCUGCUGUUUAACAUGCAGAAGAUAGAAGAGGUCGACAGUCGCAUAGGCCCCCCUUCUCCUCCCUCCGCAGCUGACAAAGAGGAGAACCCCGCCGUGCUGGCGGAGAGCUGUUUCAGAGAGCUGCUGGGUCGAGCGACUUUUGGGAAUAUGAAUAAUGCGGUCAGACCAGUUUUUGCGCAUUUAGAUCAUCACAAACUGUGGGAUCCCAAUGAAUUUGCAGUUCACUGCUUUAAGGUUAUAAUGUACUCCAUUCAGGCUCAGUAUUCCCACCAUGUGAUCCAGGAGAUUCUAGGGCACCUUGAUGCUCGUAAGAAAGAUUCUCCACGAGUUCGAGCAGGUAUUAUUCAGGUUCUGUUAGAGGCUGUCGCCAUUGCUGCUAAAGGUUCCAUAGGACCCACGGUGCUGGAAGUCUUUAACACGCUGCUGAAGCACCUACGUUUCAGUGUGGAAUUCGAGGCAAAUGAUGUGCAGAGGGGGUCUGCAGGCAGUGCCAACUUAAGCACAGGUUCCAAAGACAAUGAUGAGAAGAUCGUGCAGAAUGCUAUCAUCCAAACAAUAGGGUUUUUUGGAAGUAACCUACCAGAUUAUCAGAGGUCAGAAAUCAUGAUGUUCAUUAUGGGGAAAGUACCAGUUUUUGGAACAUCCACCCAUACUUUGGAUGUCAGUCAACUAGGGGAUUUGGGAACCAGGCGGAUUCAGAUAAUGUUGCUGAGAUCUUUACUUAUGGUCACCUCUGGAUACAAAGCCAAGACGAUUGUUACCGCACUGCCUGGGUCUUUUCUGGACCCUCUGUUGUCACCGUCCCUCAUGGAAGACUAUGAACUGAGACAGUUAGUCUUGGAGGUGAUGCAUAAUCUCAUGGAUCGCCAUGACAACAGGGCAAAGCUUCGAGGGAUCAGAAUAAUACCUGAUGUAGCUGACCUAAAGAUCAAAAGAGAAAAAAUUUGUAGACAAGAUGCAAGUUUCAUGAAAAAGAACGGGCAGCAGCUAUAUCGGCACAUAUAUUUGGGUUGUAAAGAGGAAGACAAUGUUCAGAAAAACUAUGAGUUACUUUAUACUUCUCUUGCUCUUAUGACUAUCGAAUUGGCCAAUGAAGAAGUGGUUAUUGAUCUCAUUCGCUUAGCCAUUGCUUUACAGGACAGCGCUAUCAUCAAUGAGGACAGUCUGCCGAUGUUCCAUCGCUGUGGGAUCAUGGCGCUGGUGGCUGCCUACCUCAACUUCGUCAGCCAGAUGAUAGCUGUCCCUGCGUUCUGCCAGCAUGUCACCAAGGUUAUUGAAAUUCGGACUAUGGAAGCCCCUUAUUUUCUGCCAGAGCAUAUUUUCAGAGAUAAGUGCAUGCUUCCAAAAUCUUUGGAGAAGCAUGACAAAAAUCUGUACUUUUUGACCAACAAGAUUGCAGAGUCCUUAGGUGGAAGCGGCUACAGUGUUGAGAGACUGUCAGCGCCAUAUGUACCACAGGUGACAGAUGAAGAUCGACUUUCUAGAAGGAAAAGUAUUGUGGACACUGUCUCCAUUCAGGUGGAUAUUUUAUCCAAUAGCAUUCCUUCGGACGACAUGGUUAGUAACACUGAAGAAAUCACCUUUGAAGCAUUAAAGAAAGCAAUUGAUACCAAUGGAAUGGAAGAACAGGAAAAGGAAAAGAGGCGUCUUGUGAUAGAGAAGUUCCAGAAAGCACCUUUUGAAGAAAUAGCAGCACAAUGUGAAUCCAAGGCGAAUUUGCUUCAUGAUAGACUUGCUCAAAUACUGGAACUCACCAUACGUCCUCCUCCCAGUCCAUCAGGAACGCUGACCAUGACUUCUGGGCAUGCCCAGUACCAGUCUGUCCCCGUCUAUGAGAUGAAGUUUCCAGAUCUCUGUGUGUACUGACUGGCUCAGGAAGACUUCAGCGUAGAAUUUGAAAGCCUAAAAAUUAAGGCCAGGCUGUUUACUUAAUGUAUAUGAACAUACUUUUUGAAAAUAACUAUGGAACUUACAUUUGACCAAGUGCUUGGCAUACCAUACUAGAAGUUUUGAAACUAUAUGUGAUUUAGAGUACUUUUGAAGAUAGAUUUGUGCCACGUUAAUUUCUUUCGAGGUUCCUGUUGGCUUUUAAAAUUGAACAUGUAUUGGUCUCAACAUUAUUUCAUUGUUAAACAGUAUAUUUUAAACUUUUCACAAACAUGUAAUUUUUUUCAAAAUUAGGCCUUCGAGGGUGGAAAGAUGUGUGAAGUAUCUACUGUAUUUCUUAAACAUCUACACAACUGCUUAGAAGCAGAAUUUUUGCUUUUUCUUUUGGUUAUCAGCAAAAGCGUCCAAAUACACCCUAGUCCUGGUGCUGCCCAGCUGCUCUGUGGCUUCUGCCCUGUGCAUUAGAUGUCGCCGGGGCCACCAUUCAUUCACGCGAUGUGCGUGGCGGGCAGGCCCCUGCUGUUCAUGGUUGCGACGCUUGUUGAAUAAUGUUCCUAGAAUAUGACCCUGAAGUCGCCAUACUUUAAAGUGUCUAGUUCUUGUGAUACUGUAUUUUCUGCCGAGAGUUUGAUCGUUCUACUUGAGAGGCUUAGAGCUUGCUCUCGGGAUACCGACCUGUGCAAUAUUUUUUACAUCAUAAGAUGUAUUAGUUUACAGACUAUGCUUUGAAAUUAUAGUAGUAUUUUGCUGUGGCGCCAUUAGUUAAAUAAAAUAUAUAUUUAGUAUAAAAAAAGACAUUUAAAACAGCUACUAGUUCACCUGUGAAGAGCGUACAUUUUGAUUUUUAUUGAGUACAUUAAUUUACAUUUUUAUAUUGUGCAUUUUUUUAAAUCCUCACAGUCUGAACGUUUCCGAAAUGGACUUUUAAUUUGUAGGCUGUUCUCUGUAGCUGGUAUGCAUUUCUGUGUAGGGUUUGGGACACUUCAUUCGAAAGGGGUGCCUGUGGGUUCAGUCAGGUGUGCUGGGGUCGGCAGUGCGAGCUUCUGUCGAUGUCAGCUUCCAGGGUGGCACGUCCUGACCCUCUCGUGUGCUCAGACCCCCUGGGGUUCUCGUCUGUGCAACUCGUGAGCCCCCUACUCUGACCACAUUCUCCUAGGACGUUUUUAUAAAAUAACCUGUCUAUAGUUCUACCUUUUCAGAUUUUAUUUCUUUUUACUUAGAAAAUAUACAUAUCAAAAAUUGUAGCUAGAGAAACAGUUUUUGGCUUUUGUUUUUGUUUGGAAACUGCAGCCAAGCCGGCGCGUCACACCUUGGUGCUGACGGCUGCGCACACCAGCAGCAGGGACAGGAGCAUAGAGAAGCGUGCUCGGGAGUUUGAGUAUUUCAGUCAAACUACAGCAUCUUGAAACAUCUUGUAAACGGCUGUAGUCAUUUAAACCUACAAAACGACACUCAGGCGUCCUGGGUGACAGUGCAUGUUGGUGAGGAUGCCCUUGUUCCGAGCAGCAGCCCCUGGGGCUUGUGGCCCGUGCCGCUGUCCCUGUCCUUGCCCUUUGAUCAGCUAGCACGCUUCGCCACUUACUAGACCAGAUGCUAUGUCUUUUUAAUUUUCCUUUUUUCCCUUCUAUAUUUUGAAAGAAGGAUAUUAAUUUUUGACAGUGCAUUUGAAAAUCAUAGUAGGGGACAUGCACAGUCACCAUCCACUUGAGUGUCACUUUGCAGAUGGACACUGUGCUUCUGUGUGAAACAUGUCAUGUAGAAGUCUCAGCGGAAGGUACGUGCUCCUGCACUCACGCAGCGCUGCGGCCCCGCAGAGUCCCGCGUCUGAGCAGCGCGCGUGUGCACGGAAGGGACAGCCUUUCCCGCCACAUUGGUCACCCCUCUCUCGGUCUGUUUGUAACCGUUGAUUUGGGUUUUGUGGGGGGUUUGUCUUGUUUGUAAGUCCCAUUAGCCUUCUGUAUACCCUGGGUUAUUGAGCUGGUCUUGUUAACAUUGGUUCCCAAGCAGGGGUCCCUCUGGCUUGUCCCUGCCCGGGGCUGCGGGGGCAGGUGAGCGUGCCUGCCGCCGCCGUCCUGAGACGGGCAGCGAGGGAGGGUAUUGUGGCGUUCACUGUAUUGCUGUGAUUUUGUAGAUAAUUAAAUUCUCAAUAAACUGUUAAUCACUUACUUUUUGCUGUAUACAGUUGCUCAUAUCAGUCAUUUUUUUCUUGACGUUGAAUAGUUACCAUUUAAAUGUUCCUCCUAUGCUUGUGUUGUUUUUGCUCAGAGAGUUUGGUUGUUAUUGGAGUUAGCCUGAACACACACACACACACACACACACACACACAGUACUUCUGAACUCAUUAUCUUUUAGAAUAAGGCAACGCUUUUGCCAGCAAUUAACUUCCCCUCCUCAAAAUAUUUCUUCUCUCCUUCCUGUCUGAAAAUGAAACUCAUUUGUCCCAUUCAUGCAACAUGUGUAAUAAAUGGAAUGAAGUGAGUUUUUUGAAAUGUAAAAAUUCACUGUGCAAUUCAUAU